UUGGCAUUAGCCCCGAAGAGAACCACUCUCUGGCCUCGAACCCAGCACUAGUAUAGUAUUACAUAUAUAAUAGUAAAGUGAACUGCUGGGGCAAAAUCUAGAGAACUAGGAUCUUUCUCUCUUCCCCCUCCCCCCUCUGAGAAAAGGUCUGGCCCCCAGGCUAGGGAACUGGUAGGCAUUGACUGUACUAUACUAUGGCAUAAUCAAACAAGGAAGCUCUAGUGGUUUAUUCUAUAUCUCUGUGUACUUGUCUUGGAGCCUACACAACAGGAUAUGGGGUAGGAUCAAGUAAUGGAGUGCAAAACUACCCUGGAUUCUUGAGCACGUUUAACUUGAUAAGCACUGGUAUUAACCUGAGUAAUAUCACUGGGGACGAAUGCACUGAAACAUCAAUGCUGAGUGAUGAAAGCCUACUGAUUUUGAUGUAUGCUAGGAGAUAAACGCCCGGGCGUUUAAUCAAGUAGAGUGCCGUAUAUAAUUAUGGAGAACCUCACCAAACCAUGCCACCUACAAAUUGCAUCACCCAUGCAGGGUGCUAUGGUGGCUGGUCUUAACCUUGGUGGUGGUUUGGGAAAUCUGCUGACUGGAAAGCCGAAUGACUAUUUUGGACGAAAGGUAGUGAUUAUAGCAAGUGGUGUGAUUAUGGUCAUUGGUGGGGCCAUACAGACUGCUUCUUUCUUCUCUUGGAUGUUUAUUGCUGGCCGAACCACUGCUGGAUUUGGAUUUGGUCGGAAAUAUUGUUCUGCUCUCUUGGGAUUGUGCCUUUUGUGACGGCCACCGUGGUGGGUGUAUUGGCCUUAAUUGGGACUAUAUUGACUACAGCUUUCAUUGACAAGAUUGGCAGGAAGGUAAUGCUGACUGUGGGUGGUCUACUGAUGGCUCUGUUGAACGGAAUAUCGGCCACCUUGAUACUUUCAUUCAACUUAGAGCAGGAGGACAAUGUUGUUGUCAGCUACAUAGUGGUGUGUCUGGUUUGUCUCUUUGUACUGAUCUUCACGGGCAGUUGGUAUGUAGUACCGUACAUCGUCAAUGCUGAAAUAUUUCCUCUUGAAAUGCGAGGAAUUAGUGCUGCCAUCACCUCUUCCUCCUAUUUCUUCACAUCUGCAAUUGUCAGUCAACUGUUUCCGUACAUAUUUUCUGUGUUGAGAUCGUACGGUGUUUUGUACCUGGUUGGAUGCAUCAACGUAACUGCUGCAUUGUAUUUCUGGAUCCUGUUCCCAGAAACUAAAGGAACUAGUCUGGAAGAGGUUGAUGGAUUGUUUAAGAGAUCGUGCUGCACAAGAUAUGAACAUUUUUUAUUAGAACUGUGUUUUCUGUGGUUAUAUUUAUAGCAACUUAUUAUAGGCGUAGCCGCACGAGGGAUAAGAUAAAGCUGACUGUGUGUGUGUGUGUAUUCCAGCUGUAACUGCUCAACGGUUGCAAUGUGACAAAAACUAUGGCUUCUAGACACGUUCUCUUGGAUUUUGAUUUGUGAAUUUGCAAAUAAAAGCUUAGUUAUAGCUAACAGUGAAGGCUGUUGCAGUCUUUUUAAAACCUUUCAUAGCGUCAUCUGUUAGCCUUGCACUAAAACUCUAGCUUUUUGUUAGCUACAAGAGUCAGAAACGAGCUGCAAAGCAGUACUAAGUCUCGCUUGCCCCGCCCCUUCAUUCUUUCUGUCACCAUGCUGUUUUUGUCUGCACUGUCAGCAAAGUUUGCUUUGUCAAGUGGGUGUGAACAUGACAGUGACCAGCACACGUGGCUUGAGAAGACUGUAUGUGCAUGUAGUAGCUCUGGGGUAUUAUCUAGCCUCGAUCCCAGGCCGAGUUUUCGCUUUUAUAACGGUUAGGCGAACAACUGGGCCUGGUACUAGUUGUCUGCGCAUGCGUCAGUCGUUUGUCAGAUUCUGACGAAUGGAUAUUCUCGUUCACUUUUGUGACAUUUAUAUUCGUGUACUAUCGUGUACUAGAAGUCAGUUCCCGUUUUAUCAUUAUUGGAAUGGCUCUUAGCUGAAGCUUCUCUCUUCUCUGAAGCUUAGAAAACAUUAUUCUGAAGACUGAACAACAAUGGAAAAGGUAUAAAGCUUUGUCAAGCUUGUUAAGGUCAGAUAUUUUUGUGUGGGCCCUAUGCUAUCAUGUCAAGUCGUGUUCAUGUUUGGUAUUAAAAGAUCUAUAGUAUCAUCAUUAAUAUGGUGGAUCAAGUGAAGAGUGUGAGCUAGAGAACUUGGUGCUACCAUCAUCAGCUCGUCGACAAUGACACUAUAACCUGUUUAAUACGAGAAAUUUAAUAUGUACAUGUAUACAGUAGAUCUACACGUAUUUUGAAUGUCUACUUCUCUGUACAGGAGCAAUGGCUACUAUCCAGCUAUCCCAACAUUGUUCCUCUUGGCCAUACUAACGGACAAGACUGGACAGUUUAAGGACUGGAGUAUGACCUGAUCGUUCGAGUGUUGCUGGGUAGCUCAGAGGCAUCAAGAGAAUCUACGUUUUCUCAAGCAAAGUUUAACUGAGUUACAAGUUGGGGCCUAGAAUCAGAGAAGUCCAGCAGCCUGCUAAAUCGUUGAAACGUAAUUUGAAGGCAUUCAAUCAUCUUGAAGUUGCCCUGGGUCACUGUAAUCGUGCUGCAGCACAACUGGCAACUCCCCAGGCCCUUGUGAAGCAGCUCCCUAUGUGCAUCUUUUGUGUACUCACUCUGUGCAUUUUCUGUGUACAAAUUUCGAUUAUUGAUUUAUUAAAUAUCUUUGCCGA